AUGGCGAUCGCAGCAUCCCAGCCCGAUUUCAUACUGCUUGGCGCUACUGGAUUUUUGGGGGCGAGCAUCCUUCGAAACCUGGAGGCAAAGCAUGUCGUCCACACCAGCCGACUCAGGCUGAAAGAUCGGCUGGGUCUUGAGGCCCUGCUAGACGAACAAAAGCCCAAGCUGGGUGUCAUUUGUGCUGCAGGUGAGCGAGGACGGCCCAACAUUGCCUGGUGUGAUUCGCAUCCGGUAGAGACUGUGGACGCCAACAUUACCGGGCAGCUGUCGGUGGCAGCGGCAUGUCAUGAACGGGGCUUGCACCUAAUCCUUCUGGGCACCGGAGCCCUCUACCUGGCCAGUGGGAAGCGCAAGUUCUCUGAAACAGAUGCUCCAAACGGUGGCUCACCGGGGGUGUACACCGCACUUAGGCAAAAAAUGGAGGAGCUGACUGCCUACUUCAACAAUGUGCUGGUGCUCAGAGUGCUGUAUCCUCUGAGUUCAGAUUUGGAUCCGCGAGGCUUGCUUGGAAAACUGGCACGCUUCAAGCAGGUCGAUAGCGUUCAGACGUCGGUCACCAUACUGGAUGACCUCAUGCCGCUUCUUCCGGUAUUGGCAGAGAGACGCAUUGUUGGAGUCUUGAAUUUCACCAAUCCUGGCACGGUGUCCUACCCAGACAUUGUAACGGCGCUAAGCGAUCGAGUUCUGAAAUGUGGAGAGCAGUGGCAAGCUCCAGAAGUCCGUGGAGCCGGGGCAAAAGCUGCGGCAGAGCUUGACACGACUCGACUGCAGGAUGCCGUGGGCUUGCCUAUUGAAGCUGCUGUUGACUCGACAAGGCGUAUCAUCUCCUCACUUAGUGACAAGCAGGUGAAGGAGUUUCAUUUCGCUGAGUCGCCGUGGUUCGGCCGUCGUGUGGGCAGUGUCAUGCUUCGUGCCUCUGGAAAGAAACCGAAUGGAACCGGGUACCUUAGCCUACGCACGGAUGUCGGAAGAGCUUCACUGGGAAAAUCUUUCCUGGCCAAUUGCCCCCCGGAGCAAGCGCCUGUGCAUUCUGCAGACUGCGCAGCCGUGAUUUUCGCAGAUGUGCAGCUUGAGUGCCAGCAGUCCGUUGCGUCUGUGGGUAAAUUUGAGGGCCUAUUUGCUGUCCUCCAAGAGGUGUUUCAUCUUUGUCGAUACUGGAUACAUGUGAUUGCUGCGCCCAUUGCGCAAUGCAUGUGGUUGCAGCCGCGGGCUCAAGACAACACCAUGGCAAAGGUGGCACACGAACCACCUGCCAGCAACCCAACCAACAGCACGUGCCGUGCUGAAAGCGGUGAUGUGGAGUCACCCAUUCGGCCAAGCUUGACCCACCACACGGGCCAUGAGGCUCCCCUGGCUCCCCAUGCUCCAAGACCGACAUCCCCAGUAGCAUUGUUUGGUGUGAGCAUGAAAGGCAAGACGAAGAAUCGAUUGCUAAUGCGGACGUCGACGCGCGAAGUGCUCGGCUACAGAACACUGACGCUUGCGGAAUCCGCAUAUGAGAAUGCCUUUCUCAUGCGCGUGAUCACUAAGAGCAUAUUUGGGAAGGCUCACUUUCUGCUGUUGGUGAAUUUCUUCUUGCAAUAUUCAGUUGUUUAUUUGCUGUCCGAACGAACUACAGGCAAUCAGAGCCUGUUAAAGACCAGGCUGUUUGGGCAAGCCAGCGCUAUAGAUGCUCCUGGUGUAUGCUGGCAGCGUGAGGGUGAGACCCGAAUAUCCUGCACACCAGAUGAGGUGGCACUGAGCGCAGACUUCGCAAACUUGGAUCGUGAUGGAGAUGGUAGAUGGACGUUCGAAGAGGCGGAUGCCCUCAGCAGGGGCCAUGCUGAGACAACAGGGCGCCACGUCAACAUGACAGAAUUUUACAAAAACGUUUUUCGCACGAUGCAGCACUAUGCAGGACCCAGGCGUGCAGAUUGUGCAAUGAAUGAUCCUGUUCAAGCCUUCGACAGCGACAAAGGGUUCUGGUCUGAUGCAACCAUUGGCAACAUCACCAGUGAUGGACAUGUAGUAGUCAAUUACGCCGAUGCCACGAAACAGAGCUCUUGGGCGAGAUACUUGCCGACCAGCAGGCUCCGCCGACAGCUCAAUGGCUCGAUCUACGCCUGCAGCGUGCCCAAGUGUAUAGACAUGGACAAUGGUGCAACUGACUCUAGCGAGCUUGCCUGUGCAGGCUACAACGGCUUCGAUGCAUGUUCUGGCACAUGGGAUGAUGAUGACUUUCAGGUGAAGAAGCUCUGCUGUACCUGUGGAGGGGGCUCCUACAGCCUGGCACUUGCAGGUUUGAGUCACCUUCCGGUCGACUUGCCAAUUGAGGACAUCACCAGCAUCCGAGCGUUCAGGAGCUGCAUGCAGGGCGCAGUGCAAGAAAUGCAGCAAGAAGAAUGCAUCAUAAAUUAUACCUCCAUACCUCGCCAUAUCUACGAGGUGGAAAUUGCAAGGUUUGCGCAUUUAUGCUUUCUUCCUGAGAGUGAUCUUUGUGGAAAUCUGCAGCAUGGGCAGCUACUUCCAAGUUUGGCCAUUGACGUUUCUUCGUCCGUGCCAAUGUUACUAAAGAUUGCAGGUCUAAGCAGCACCGCUUCCCUUAGCCAGCUGAACGUUUGCAUGAACACAGUCAGAACAUUCUGCCAGAGAAUCUACACUGUGCAGUCAGCGCUCUUCCUGGAGCAGCGGGCAGACAUCUGUGGCAAGAAAACAAGCCAGAUAACAGGCAAUAAGAAGACCGUCACAUAUUCAGCCAGCGAGACCUACUCAGAUCCAACCUUCGGCUUGACUUCGCUUCUUUUCCAGGGCUUCCUCUUCUUGAUCGUGUUUCUUUGGGGCUUAGCAUCCGUCACGGAGUUCCGAAACAUUCUGGUGUGGUGGAAUAUCGUCAGCUCCAUGCCCACAGCAGAGGCUGAAGACUGCCUGCUCUACACACUUGCAGAGGAUGCAGAUGAUGAGGAAACAGUAUUGGAGGUUGUGGGAUUGACACGAAGACAUCGGCUAUUGACGAUAUUGUCGAACCUGCUACCGCGCAGUGCUCUUCAGUGCUGCAUUUUUAUAGUCGGUAUCAGAUACCUGUUAUCUGUACGAAAUGUCUCUGACCUUAUCUUGAACAGCCUUGCCUUAACUUUUCUGGUCACAGUGGACGAGAUGCUGUUUGCAGCCUUCGCCGGUGAGCAAAAUGCGGCUUUGAUCCAGAGCUGCAAGCCACUGCGUGGACGGUCCUUCCGAUGGCUCGACUGGAUCUUGCGAAAGACGUCCAUCCCUGUGGGAGUGCUGAUCUUCAUCCCAAUUCUUGCCACACUAUGUUACUUUGUUAUCAGCAACAAGAUAUUGACCGAUAGGCUGGCGCAGGCCACCUACUGCCUGUGUGCCAUGGAGGGAGAGCACUGCCAUUCUCGACAAAUUUUAGCCGGACUUGCAAGUUCCUGA